AUGAAGAAAACGUUUGAUAGUAAUUUGAAUAAAAAAGAAAAACAUUUGUUACAAAAACUCAAUAUUUCUUCAUUGAGUAAUCCAGUCGAAUUCGAUUUUAGACGCGAUACAAAGCAUCUUUCGAAAAUAUUGAAAAACUCAAGUAUUGACAGAAGAUUAGAUUUAGAAGUUAUUCUCGAAUUUUUAUCAUCUUAUAAUUGCGAACAACGCUUGAUACUUAUUCAUGGUCUUGAAUAUGAAUAUAGUUACAAACUUAUUGAUUUGGUACUUUUACAGCCUGAAUCUCCUAUACGUUUAUGUACAUUAGCCUUGCUCGUAGAAUCCAUCGAGUUGUAUGUACGCGAUUUUCAUGACUUACUUCUAGUAGCACGAACUGAUAGUAACAGUAAUGAUAUUACAAGAAAAUUAUUAGAAACUCUAUUAGGAUUGAAUAAUAAUGACACACAAAAAUUUAAAGAAAUCUAUGAACAUUUACUCAAAACUUCGGUGGACAAUGAUAUCAAGGAAGCACAUGGUGCGAAAAGUAUUAUAUCAAGAUUAUUUAUUGCGUUACUCGAUGGGAAACGUUAUGAAGUACCUGCUCAUUCAAUGGCAACGGCAAAAAUAAUUGCUAGACAACUGCAUGAAGCUCGCGAAGGUACAUCUGAUAUUGAUUAUGAUAGUUUAAUACAAAUAUUUACUCAUGAUGGGUUUCCACAAUUAUCAUCUAUAUUCGAUACCUAUGAAGACAAAUAUGGACGAUCAAUAAACGAAGCCAUUGGAUAUGAAUUCAAAGAUCAAGUUGCGACUUAUUGUUUUCAAGACAUGGUUGAAUAUACGCGAUCGCCCAGUGGUUACUAUUCGAAAAUACUCCGGCAAGCAUUCUACGAUGUGCCGGUUGAUUAUAGAACAUUGAUAAGAAUUAUCAUUGGCCAUCAAAAUAAAGAUUUAUGUGAGAUUAAAUUAGAAUAUUCAAAAAUUUAUGAUGAAACACUCGAACAAACCAUCGAGGAUCGUAUCGAUAUUGUAGAAAUAAAGCAGGUCUUUAUUACGAUUAUGGAAAAGGCGAAGAAUUUAAUGCCAAAUGAAUUAAGAAAAAGUCGUCAAGAUCGUAAAAAUAAAAUUGAUUCAAGUAGUUUAGGAACGAGUCCAACGGCAAUCGGUGAUAAGAAUUCAAGCAAACAUCGUUCACAUGAAGCAUUUAAAAAACUUGCACAUUUAUUUAAACUAAAACGUCCGCAUUAA